AUGCGCCCCCCGCCCCCUCCCGCCGGCGACGGCUGGGCGGCCCCUCCCCCACCGCCGGGGCGGGGGCCGGCGCCCGAGGGGCUCCCCUGCCGGUCGCCUCAAGUUGAAGAGGGUCCCGGCGCGCAGCGGGGCGCGCGUCCUCACCGCGUCUCACCUCGCUCCGGCUGCCGGCGGCGUCCCCGCGGGCAUCGCCCGGGCGGUGCGGUCACAGCGGACCUGGCGCGGCGAUCGGCCCCUGCUGGAGCCCCGCCGCCCCCGGCCCGCGCCCCCAGCCCGCGCCCCCGGCCCACCGGCUCCCGCUCCGGCUCCCGCUCCGGCUGGCCCGGCAGCGACGGCGGCGGCGGCCGGGCGCAGAGGGCUCCGCGAGGCGGCCGGGCGCGGGGCGCCGGGCGCGGGGGGCGCGGACCGGGCGGCGGGGCGGCGAGGCGGCGAGCGAUCGCGGAUCCCGUCCGCGCUCCGCGCAGGAAACUUCGGACCAUCCCCGGUCCUGCUGAGCCCCCCAACACUUCUGGACGAGCCACCGUCUCCGAGGAGCAGGGCCUAGCGCCCCGCUGCCUAGAAACUGAACCCAGAGGUGCCUCCCUCAGCCUGCGUGGGGCUGAAGGCCAGGCUCUACAGGAGCAGCCCUGCCCCUUCAGGGCAGGCGGCAGGGCCAGCACAGGCCUGGACCCCUGCCCGGCUGGGAUGCCUCCAGUAACAGGCCCGUCCGCCUGCCCGGGCCCAAGCAUCCUGGGCUGUCAUCCCAGCUCAAGGGCAAUUUGGGGGCUGCCUGCCCCCUGGACAGUGCCACCCCCGACCCCAGCACAAGGCGGCAGCUAA